UGGCAGGUUGUUUUGAUAUUUAAAAAAUCGUCCAGUCUCUAAAUCAGAAAAAUGGAAUCUAUGCCAAACACAACGCUAACUUCAGACUUGGAGCAUCCCGAUGACGGCCAAUACAUUUGGCUGCCAAUUCUAGUGCUAGUAGGAGUUAUUGUACUCGCCGGUUUGGUGUAUGCAUUGUCACGUAGCCGCCGUACUCUCAAUUGUGGGUACUUCAAGCGCCGCAAUGCCACGCGUUAUGGCUACCUCAGUGUUGAUGACGGCGACGGGGAUUCAGAUGUGUCCAUGAUCGGCGCUGAUGAAUUUGACCAACCGAAUUCCGUUGCAAGCCUUCUUGAUGCACGUCUGCAGAUCACACCACAGCGUUAUCCACAAUUCAACACUGAUGCCGAUGACAUCGCCUAGAUGGGAAAAGUAUCAAAAGAGAAUCUUUUCAGGAGACAAAUGCUUCCUCAACAUGAAAGAAAGACUUCAAUUUAGCUUCUAAUAUUUCAUAAACUUUAAUUUUAUUGUCUACAUUAUCGUCUGUUGAUGGCAGAUUGAGGUUCGCCAAUAAUAGAAUCGAGUUUUGUACCCACUUUAUACAAUUAAGCCUCAGACUAUUGUUCAAUUGUUAAAAUUGUGUAAAAUAUGUGCCUUAAGAUAACAUUUAGUUAUCAGUAUUUGCUUUGCCCAGAAGACGCGUAGUUAGGUCAUAAAAGCCAAAGAAGAACGCUCCGCCCAGUGUAAUCCAGAGCACACGCGGCACAACGCCCGCAAACAGACUGGAAUGUUAAAUAUAAUAAACAUUUGUGUACAACAAUUAAAAUUA